AUGCCAGUUCCUCCAGUUUAUAUUGUUGCAGCCGCUAGAACUCCAGUUGGUUCAUUCCAAGGUGGAUUAUCCUCAUUAACUUAUUCUGAUUUAGGUGCUCAUGCUGUCAAAUCGGCUUUGGAAAAAGUCCCACAAAUUAAACCAGAAGAUGUUGAUGAAGUUGUCUUUGGUGGUGUUUUAUUAGCCAAUGUUGGACAAGCUCCAGCUAGACAAGUUGCUCUUAAAGCUGGUUUACCAACCAAGACAGUUUGUUCUACCGUUAAUAAAGUUUGUGCUUCCGGAAUGAAGGCAAUUAUAAUUGGGGCCCAAAAUAUCAUUUGUGGGACUUCUGAUAUUGUUAUUGCUGGUGGUGCUGAAUCCAUGACUAAUACUCCUUAUUAUUUACCUUCUGCCAGAGCUGGUGCUAGAUAUGGUGAUGCUACUAUGGUUGAUGGGGUUCAAAAGGAUGGAUUAUUGGAUGUUUAUGAAAAUAAAUUAAUGGGUGUUGCUGCUGAAAAAUGUGCUAAGGAUUAUAAUCUUUCAAGAGAUGAACAAGAUGAAUUUGCUAUUAAUUCUUAUAAAAAAGCUCAAGCUGCUUUAGAUGCUGGUAAAUUUAAACAUGAAAUUGCUCCAAUCACUAUUAAAGGUGUUAGAGGUAAACCAGAUGUUGUUAUUUCUGCUGAUGAAGAAGUUAAAAACUUGAAUGAAUCAAGAUUAAGAUCUGCCAGAACCGUUUUCCAAAAAGAAAAUGGUACUGUCACUGCUCCAAAUGCUUCUAAAUUAAAUGAUGGUGGUGCUGCCGUUAUUUUAGUUUCUGAAGCUAAAUUAAAAGAAUUAAACUUGAAACCAAUUGCCAGAAUUAUCGGUUGGGGUGAAGCCGCAACUGAACCAUUUGAUUUCACCAUUGCUCCAUCUUUAGCCGUUCCAAAAGCUUUGAAACAUGCCAAUGUUUCAGCUGAAAAGGUUGACUUUUAUGAAUUCAAUGAAGCUUUCUCCGUCGUUGGUCUUGCCAAUACUAAAAUAUUAGAUUUACCUCCAGCCAAGGUUAAUGCUUAUGGUGGUGCUGUUGCCAUUGGUCAUCCAUUAGGUUGUUCUGGUGCCAGAAUUAUUGUUACUUUAUUAUCUGUCUUGACUCAAGAAGGUGGUAAGAUUGGUUGUGCUGGUAUUUGUAAUGGUGGUGGUGGUGCUUCUUCUAUUGUUAUUAAGCUUGAACAAGAAGAAUCUAAAUUGUAG